CUUGUCACCUGUCCUGUCAACAGAUCAGCGUCCCCCAACCGCGUCUAGGCACAAGAGGCGGCUGGAAAGAGUGAAUAGAACCAAGAAGCCACAAAUAAAUUUGGCCAUAUUGUUUUCUGGUGAGAGACAGCAACAGGAGUGAGCAGUGAAGAUGCCUCCUUUGCAAAUGAUCCUGGUGCUGUAUCUGAUGGGGAUAUUCCCAGGAGACCUUCAGGUCCUCUGCUUUCCCAUCCAGAGAAGAGACCUAUUCCCCAUCAAAGAGUCCACACUCGACAUGGCCUUGACCUCUUUUGAUGACCAGUACAAGGGAUGUUCGGAUCUGAUGGAGGCUGAGCUGGCGGAGAUAAACCGGACUGAGUUUACCAGCAACAGAAUCUAUGCUGAGGUGUGGGGGGAGGCAGCCUCUAGGUGGGAGGAAAGGAAGUUCUCUUUGCCCCCAGGCCUUAAGCCGGAGUAUGCCAUUGCAAUCAUGGCCUACACCAUCCAAGGGCGCUUCCCCAGCAAUUUCAACACAGCAGUGAGGGAAGCUGGGCGCACCAGAGACUAUUACCUCAACCACUUUCACUUCAAGACCUUCCACUUCCUUCUGACCAGAGCCCUUCAUGCCCUGGGGAUCACCUCCUCCCCAAGGUGCCAGAAGGUGUAUCGUGGGGUCAGGAACAUCCGCUUCACCUCCGAGCGCCUCAAGCAAGUCCGCUUUGGACACUUCACCUCCUCGUCCCUGAGAAAUGAAACUGCCCUGCAGUUUGGAACAGACACCUUCUUCACUAUUCAGACCUGCUAUGGGGUCAACAUCAAGAAUUUCUCCUUCUUCCCAGGGGAAGAAGAGGUCCUCAUCCCCCCCUUUGAGAAGUUCAAGGUGACUAAUUUCACCAAGGCAAGAGAGACAACCUUCAUCCAGCUCAUCUCCAUUGAAGACUCCAGCUUCUCCAAUUGUGUCUUUGUGAAAGAGAAAAGGUGCAAGACACGAAGAUGCAGUUUCACCUCAGGUGUGAAUCUGAGCCAUUUAUCUGCUCAUGUCCAAACACCCUUCUUUCUCUGGGGAUUCCUUCUCAUUGCUGGUGCCCUCGCAUCCCCAGGCAUCAUCUGACCUUAGCAACAAAAUCUCAGUCUCUCAAUACUUUGCAGAAUCCUCUACUGGGAGAGGGCAAAAAGGAGAAAACUGUGUGUGCGAAUUUCAGCCUUUGCUUUAAUUAACAGCACAGAGUGCCGGCUGCAAAUAAGGCAUUUUCUAGCUCAAAGUGUGUCGCUGGCUGGAGCGUCAGGGUCUGCUUUCAUUAUCCAGUUGCUGUUGCUGUAGCAAUUUAAAUGGUGUAACUGUGAAGUCAGAGGUGGAAGAACCUGUGGGCUGCCACGUAUUGUUGGACUACAGCUCCCAUCAUCCCUGGACCUUGGCCACGCUGGCUGGGGCUGAUGUGAGUUGGAGUCUAGCACCAUCUGGAGGGUUUUGUUGUUGUUAUGUGCCUCCAAGUCGACUACGACUUAUGGCGACCCUAUGAAUCAGUGACCUCCAAUGGCAUCUGUCAUGAACCACCCUGUUCAGAUCUUGUAAGUUCAGGUCUGUGGCUUCCUUUAUGGAAUCAAUCCAUCUCUUGCUUGGCCUUCCUCUUUUUCUACUCCAAAGGGGGCCCAUCUAGUCCAGCAUACUGUUCUCAUAGUGGCCAGCCAGAUGCCUCUUCUGGGAACUCUACAAGCAGAAUGAGACUGCAAGGGAGCUCUCCACAUUUAAUUCCUUUGUUUAGUAGAUACGUAUUUGGCUGAACGCUGCCUUCAGGGGAUCAACGAACAGAACAAUAGCAGAGGGGAAAGCCAAAUAAGACACACUCACAGAGAUUAUGUCAUUACAGCCAUCCAGCCUAGAGGUCAGUGAGGCAUGGAUCAUAGUGGUCAAGAGUCCUCAUUUUCUAGGAGUGGCUGUAGCUGGCCAGGUACAGCAGCCUAAGCUGAAAAAAGGCUCUUUUCACAGCAGUUACCAAAUGGGAACUCUUAAAAAAAAAAGCCAGGCUUACCAUUAUCCCCAAGGCAUGGCCCCAUCUAGAACGGGGGAACGUCUAACCUCCUGAUCAAUUGUACCUCCCACCAUUAACAUCACCAUCUUAGGCUGUGAGCACACUAGUCGCUUACAGCAAAGCGUUUCCAUUGGCUGCACCUGGAGGGGAAAUGGGUUGAUCUGCCAAUCAGUUGCAAAAUCUUUUUGAAGCUAAAUUAAAAACAACCCUGAAGCUGCUCCCACCAGGAUUUACAGUAAAAAUGGGGCAGGUUUGACGAGCAUCGUGUGUCCCCGAUUUCAGGAGAGAGAGGUGGAGACGCACUGGAACCGGAGGGACAGGGAGUGUGUAUCUACGCUUAGAUGGAUUCCAUUUCAGUUUUAUUCACCAUCACCCUGUCCAUUGUUAAGCACAUAAGAAGAGCCUGCUGGAUCAGGCCAGUGGCCCAUCUAGUCCAGCAUCCUGUUCUCACAGUGGCCAACCAGGUGCCUGGGGGAAGCCCGCAAGCAGGACCCGAGUGCAAGAACACUCUCCCCUCCUGAGGCUUCCGGCAACUGGUUUUCAGAAGCAUGCUGCCUCUGACUAGGGUGGCAGAGCACAGCCAUCACGGCUAGUAGCCAUUGAUAGCCCUGUCCUCCAUGAAUUUGUCUAAUCUUCUUUUAAAGCCAUCCAAGCUGGUGGCCAUUACUGCAUCUUGUGGGAGCAAAUUCCACAGUUUAACUAUGCACUGAGUAAAGAAGUACUUCCUUUUGUUUGUCCUGAAUCUUCCAACAUUCAGCUUCUUUGAAUGUCCCCGAGUUCUUGUAUUAUGAGAGAGGGAGAAGAACUUUUCUCUAUCCACUUUCUCAAUGCCAUGCAUAAUUUUAUACACUUCUAUCAUGUCUCCUCUGACCCGCCUUUUCUCUAAACUAAAAAGCCCCAAACGCUGCAACCUUAGAAUCAUAGAAUCAUAGAGUUGGAAGGGGCCUUGUGGGCCAUCGAGUCCAACCCCCUGCUCACAGCAGGAAAUUCACAGCUAGAGCAUCCCUGGCAGACAGCUGUCCAGCCUCUGCUUGAAGACAUCCAGCGAAGGGGAUCCCACCACCUCCCUAGGCAGUCGGUUCCAUUGCCGAAUUGCCCUUACUGUCAAGAAGUUCCUUCUAAUGUCCAAUCUGAAUCUACGCUCCUGCAACUUAAAACCAUUAGACCUAGUCCUACCCUCUGGGGCAGCAGUGAACAAAUCUGUACCCUCCUCUAUGUAACAGCCCUUCAGGUACUUAAAGAGUGCAAUCAUGUCACCCCUCAGCCUUCUCUUCACCAGACUGAACAUGCCAAGUUCCUUCAACCUUUCCUCAUAAGACUUGUUCUCCAUACCGGCUAUCAUCCUCGUCGCCCUCUUCUGAUCCCGCUCUAACUUGUCUAUAUCUUUCUUAAAAUGAGGCGCCCAGAACUGAACGCAGUAUUCCAGAUGAGGCCUGACUAAUGCAGAAUAUAGUGGGACUAUUACUUCCCUCAACCUGGAAACUAUAGCUCUGUUUAUGCAGCCCGAAACCGCGUUUGCCUUUUUUGCCACAGCAUCACAACUGCUGGGUCAUGUUCAACUUGCGAUCCACUACAAUUCCAAGGUCCUUCUCACACGCACUACUGCUAAGCCAGGUAUUUCCCAUCCUGUACCCGUGCAUUUUGUUUUGUGGCCUAAAUGCAGAAUCCUGCAUUUGUCUUUAUUGAAUGUCAUUUUAUUAAUUCCAGCCCAAUUUCCUAGUCUAUCCAGGUCCCUUUGGAUUUUAUUCCUGUCUUCCAUUGUGUUAGCUAUUCCUCCCAGUUUCGUAUCAUCCGCAAACUUCAUAAGGCUUCCCUCCACUCUGUCAUCUAAGUCAUUGAUAAAAAUGUUCAAGAGUAUCGGCCCCAGGACAGAACCCUGUGGCACUCCACUCGAAACCUCCUUCCAGUCCGAAGCAGAGCCACCGACGACCACGCUUUGAGUAUGGUUUUCCAACCAGUUGUGAAUCCACCUGACAGUAUUUCCAUAUAGUCCGCAUUUGACUAGUUUGCUAAUCAAAGGGUCGUGGGGGACUUUGUCAAACACUUUGCUGAAAUCUAGAUAGAUGACAUCUACAGCAUUUCCACCAUCUACUAAGCUAGUGACCCGAUCAAAAAAAGAGAUGAGAUUAGUUUGACAGGAUUUUUUCUUGACAAACCCAUGCUGGCUCCUUCUAAUCACAGCAUUGUCAUCUAGAUAGUUGCCAAUGGACUCUUUUAUUAUCCGUUCUAAUAUCUUUCCCGGUAUUGAAGUCAGACUGACCGGCCUGUAAUUCCCCGGAUCUUCUUUUUUACCCUUUUUAAAGAGCGGGACGACGUUUGCUCAUCUCCAAUCCUCCAGCACCUCUCCCGUUCCUCAUAAGGAAUGGUUGUCUCUAUGUGCUUGUUUGGAUCUGACUCUGUUGACAAGGAACACCAGAGGUCAGUGUACCAGGUCAGGGUAUUGGUCUAUCUGGCCGAGGAGUGUCCACUCUGACUGGGAGUGGCUCUUCAGGGGCGUCUCAGGCAGAGAACGGUUCUCCGCAUCCACUGCUGCUUGGAUCCUUUUCUAAUUUGUUUUUAAAUUGUUUUUAAAUUGUUUUUAGAUUUUUUAAAUUGUGUUUUUAAAUUGUUUUUUGUGUUUUAAAAUUUGUAUAUUUGUUUUUAAUGUUUUAAAUUGCUGUAAACUGCCCAGAGAGCUUUGGCUAUGGGGCGGUAUAUAAAUGUAAUAAAUAAAUAAAUAAUCAGGAGCACGAGGAACUGCAAGGAGAACCUCCUGCAAGCCAAGCCAGUGCUCUGCUAGCACGCUCUGGUCUUCCCUUCCCAAAGUAAACACAAGGUCUUCAGGCCAUCUCUCCCAUGCAGAUGCCAAAAAGUGUGUGUGAAUCUAACUCAACCAGCAGAACCUCAUGACAGUGAAUCCCAGCACCACCUCAGGAACGUAAGUGGAGCCCUGGCUGCAGGAUCAAGCCAAAGGGGGCCCAUCCAGUCCAGCAUCCUGUGCUCACAGUGGCCAACCAGACGCCCAUUAUGGGAAGCCCACAAGCAGGAAGUGAGCCAAGAGCCGCACUCUCCCCUCCUGGCAAUUUCAGCAACUGGUAAAAUGUGCACUUAUCUGAAUCUUUGAAAUUUGCACCAGUCUCCCUUCUCAUUGUUUGUUUAUUUAUUUAUUACUUGAAUUUAUAUGCCACUUUCCCAUACAAAUAUGCUCAAAGUGGCUUACAAAACUUAUUAGUUUUAAUAUCUAUGAAAAAUUGUAUUUCAUAACCAGCGUCUCUGAUUAGGAAGGACAGUAGCCUCAAUGCUGCUAAUUCUAAUAAUUCAAUUACUAAAUUACUUCUCAAGAUGCAUGGCCCCUGAAGAAAUAAUGUUAAGUGCUAAUAGCUAUACCAUGUGUGUAUAUUAACCAAAAAAGGGACUGUCCUCACCUUCAUUAUUUCCUGCUCUUUCAUUUAUCUGGGGCAAGGCUCACUGAAACCGAGCCCCUUAGAGAUAUUCAGUUCAAAGGUCAUGAUAAAAAUAAAAAUAAUUGUUCUUCAAAUGCUAUUUUCAAAGGCCAAAGUUUCUGCCUUGAGACAUGUCUGGAAGGCAAUUUAAUGACAACAAUAUCCACUUAAGCAGGCAACCCUAUUGCGGGACCUCAUAAUAUCAUCUGCAGCAUGGAGGGGGGCUGUCAUUCAGGUGAUUCAUCUUCCAAUGUGACAGAUGCCAUCAUCUGCCAGCAAUGACCUCCUUCAUUCCACAGAGCAUAUAUAGGCCGGUCCCUUCACAUAAAAAAUAAACGCACACCCAUCUGAUCAGAAAUGGCAGUAUUAAAAAGCUGGGGUGGAGUGGGGGGAAUCAGUUCAACCUGCCAGGACAUUCUGUAAGUGGCCCCAGAGAGUCCAGCCUGGGGCAAAGCAACUUCAAAGGGAGACUGCAAGAUGAACAGCUGAAUCACAGCACGACAAGAGGUUUAGUGCCAUCACUUGGGGACUGAACCAAGAUAAGGGGUUCUUAGCACGUGACAUCGCAGAGACCAUCUCCUUCUCUAUAGGCUCUCUUGGGUGAUAAGAUCAGCAGAGGGGGGGACUUCUUGGUCGUUUUGCUACCCUCAGAAGUUUGGGGGAUGGUGCCCCGGGAGAGGGCCUUCUCUGUGGCAGCCCCCAAGUUGUGGAAUCCCCUCUCUACGGAGCUGCAUCUAGCACCUUCGUUAUACAGUUUUCUGCGAAUGUUAAAGAUGGACCUCCUUACCCUGGCCUUUGGCUCCUGAGAUGUCUGUUUUCAGAACCCCCUCUGUUCUUGUGAUUGAAAUGUGUUUGAAUUCUUUUUAAUGUUGUAUUUUAGAUUUUGUAAUCAGACCUGGGCCCUAUUGGUGAAGGGUAGGCAGUCAAUCAAUCAAAUUAUUAUUAUUAUUAUUAUUAUUAUUAUUGCUGUAAACUACCCAGAGAGCUUCGGCUAUGGGGCAGUAUACAAGUGCAAUAAAUAAAUAAAUAAAUAAAAUUUGGAGAAAUUCUCAUUAA